AUGAGCGGACAUGAUAUGCCGGGGUGGUCGGUGCCGCCUCCUUAUGCUGGUGCAUAUAAUGGUCAGGGCACGGAGGAGCAUAAUGCGCAGCCCAACGCGCCGGCUAAUGGGUACCUAGCGCCUGUUCCCAACUCAGGCCUACCAGUGUCUCAGUUACCGCCCAUGCCACCGUCUACAUUUGGCGCAUACAAUGUCCCUUGGGCAUACCCGAAUCACAACCCCGAGAAUGGUUCUAUGACCCCCGCACCGCCUUUGCCUUUCCUCAACCCUGGAUUCUUCAAUCCUGCGAUGGGCAUGCCCCCUCCGUUUCCUAUGAUGCCCUUCAACGCCAUGCUUCCGUUCCAGGGUGCACAAUCCAUGAGCACAGUAGCCUCGCCUCGAAGAGCAAGGUCUGGGACACCACCUGUGAUGGUGCCUGUCCCUGACAAGGCAUACAUGGAGACGGCAUCAAAAGUCCCGCGAAGACGCAAUUCGCCUCGACCUCUCCUGGUCAUCCUUGACUUAAACGGCACGCUCAUUCUCCGAAAACACAAGCGAUUACCACCCAGCUUCGCCCGACGCCAUGGUCUCGGCCAGUUCCUCGAAGAGUUAACAAGGAAACAUUCCGUAAUGGUUUGGUCCAGCUCAAAACCUCAGACUGUCAACGCCAUCUGCGAAAGACUCUUCCCAGGCGACAAAGCAAAGACCCUCGUGGCGCAAUGGGGACGAGACAAAUUCGGCCUCACAAGCGUGCAAUACAACUCCAAACUCCAAGUCUACAAAGAAUUGCACAAAGUCUGGAGAGAUCGCCAAGUCCAAUCCACAUACCCGGACAACAACCCGACAGACAGCGAAUUCCCCUCAAGUCACCGCUGGGACCAAAGUAAUACGAUUCUCAUCGAUGACAGCAAACUUAAAGCUCUCAGCGAACCAUACAACAUUCUCGAAAUCCCCGAAUUCACAAAUAAUCCCUCCAUUGACGAAUCAACCCUCUUCAAAAAAGUCCUCGCUAGACUCGAAUACCUCUCCUACUACGAUGACGUGAGCAAGGUCUUCCGGGAAUGGAACGAGCAGGCCACGAACGAGAAAUGCUCUAUUCUCGAAACCCACCUGCCUCAAUUGAAAGAGGAUUGUCAUGUCGAAAUAUAUGAUGAAGAAGACGGUGGAGUCAGUCUACGUCAAAUCUCUCCCGGCGAGCAGGCUCGCGCGAGGGAGGCAUUGGCACUAUCACAGGAUACUGGCCAAGAUGGUUUCAAGCCAGGAGGGAAGAAAAAGGCAAUUCGAGCCUCCCAGAAGGAGCGCAAGAGGCUUGCAAAAGAGAGGGAGGCAGCGCUGGCGGCUGCCAAUGCCAAUGCCGAUGCCGAUGCCGGUGUUGAUACCAAAGUCGAUGUGAAAGUCGAAGCCAGAGCCGAAGCGGUCCCAGCCGGCAUCGAGCCUGCGGUCUCGACAGAUCCAAUGGCCAACCCAGACAAGAAAAAGAAGAAAAAGAAAAAGAAAGCAAAGAAAGGCAAACUCCCAGAAUCAGAUCCGAGUCUGGAGCCAAACGGUCCAUUGCAUGACUUCCGCCAACAUGGCCAUGUGAAGGAAAUAGAACCGACAGAGAGUUUGGAGACUACCACAGUCGUGGUACAGGAGUCUACGCCUAUUGAUUCCGUUGAUUCCGUUAACACGGUUAUCAGCUCUGUCGAGGGAAAAUUUAUCUCUGAACAUUCCGAAGAUAUUUCAAACGAGACGUCCCUUCCUCCACGCCCGCGCUCACCAUCUUCUGCAUCCGAUAUCGGAUCCAAUAACUCGUUGUUAGAUCGAUUGGAGGAAGGACUCGGGUUUCCGAAGCCAUAA